AUGACUUCGUUAGAAAUUCCAUUACAAGAACCGUUGUCGCCACCACCAGCAGUGACAGUCACUCCUGACAUUCUCCGACAACAUUUUCCAGCCGUUGCUAUUGCACUAGCAGAUAUUGCUCUUCAAACGGACCCACAGGAACCAGUUGUUGCCACUGCUACUAUCGAAACUGCAACACAGCAGCAAGAGCAAGAAACAAUUGCUCUUAUGUCUGAUGGUAACGAACAGCAAGAACCACAACCUCAAACAACUAAUGUUGCUCCAGCUACGCCAGUGUCAGAGAAAAUCACUUGUGUCACUUGUUCUGGAGAAAUAGAAAAUGAUCAGCAGUCAAAAUAUCUUUAUUGCUCACAAAAACAUUUCUAUUGUAGGACCUGUACUCAAAAUCUUUUACGAUUAGUAUUUUCGGAACCUCAUUUUCAUUUGCCUUUAAAAUGCACCACAUGUUUUACGCUGAUUGAUGAUACUAUAAUCGAAAAUAUAUUAGAAUCUCGGCAACAAGAUCAAUAUCAGUCAAUGAUGUUAACUCUGAUAUGGUCGAAAGAUGAAUGUUUGAAUGAAAAUGAAUGUCUAGUUCAUUGUCCGUUUUGUACUUAUAUUGAAAUCCAUUACGACCUUACGGGUGAUAAUGAACCAUUUUUUCUCACUUGUAAACAUGAAAAUUGCAGGAAAACAUCGUGUUUAGUAUGUUUACACGAAUGUAGCACGGAUGAUAUUGCAGAGCAUUUAAAAUGUUUUGAAUUAAAAGAUGAGAAGAAACUGAUUGAUCAAGCAAUUGAAAAGGGAUCAAGGCAACAGUGUCCAUCGUGUGGGUUGUCCGGGAUGAAAAAUGACGCGUGCAUGCAUAUGUCGUGUCAAAAAUGUCAGGGUUAUUGGUGUUAUUUUUGUGGACAAGAGCCGGAUGAUAGCGAUAUGGACGGACAUAAUUAUGACUGGCAAACAGUUCGUGGUCGUUGUCCAAUGUAUUUGAUAAAUAUUUGUGAGUUGGAUAAUAGAUGGCCUAGCACUGAUUAUGAAUGUUUAGACUAUUUUCAUCAUCAUAGAACUUUAGCUCAAUUAUACGACGUAUACAAACAAUUAGGCGAAGAAAAAUUAAAUAGACUAAAUGAACAGUUUCGUUCCCUAGAUGGGUGUGGGUUCACAAUAGAUGAAAUAAAAGAAUUUGAUGAACUAAUAUUUGUUGACUAUGAUCAUGAAUGUCAACUGUAA